CUGCGCACAGGACCUCCCCAAAAGUUUAGGCAUAUAAAAGCCAAGUUAACUCAUUUGUUUAGGCAGUAGGGAGUUUCUGCUAGGGUCUGGAUUGGAGUUACACACAGACCGGACCCUACCGUGUAUGAGUGGUGUCUGAGGAGAUAGAGGAUUCCCCUUUUCCGCAAAGAAUCUACAUGUCUAAUAUUUAGACAUGUUCAGCUUUGUGGAUAUUCGGUUAGCGCUUUUGCUCAGCGCAACAGUGCUUUUGGCGAGAGGUCAAGGCGAGGAUGAUAGAACAUUUGGCAGCUGCACAUUAGAUGGACAGUUGUACAACGACAAGGAUGUAUGGAAACCAGAACCCUGCCAGAUCUGCGUCUGCGACAGCGGAACCGUCAUGUGCGACGAGGUGAUCUGUGAGGACACAUCCGACUGCGCCGAUCCCAUUAUUCCAGACGGAGAGUGCUGCCCUAUCUGCCCUGAUGUUCAAGAUUAUCCUGAGCCAACUUCCGAAGGACCCAUUGGCCCCAAGGGAGACCCGGGUCCUCCUGGUUAUCCCGGCGGUAAUGGAAUCCCUGGCGAUCCUGGCCCACCUGGCCCCCCUGGCCCCCCUGGCCCCCCUGGCCUUGGCGGAAACUUCUCUCCUCAAUAUUCUGACCCCUCAAAAUCUAGUGGCCCACCUGUUCCUGGCCCAAUAGGUCCUAUGGGUCCCCGUGGUCCUCCUGGAUCUUCCGGCCCCCCUGGUCCUCAGGGUUUCACUGGACCUCCUGGAGAGCCUGGUGAGCCCGGAGCUUCUGGUCCAAUGGGUUCUCGUGGUCCUGCUGGUCCCCCUGGAAAGAACGGAGAUGAUGGUGAGGCUGGCAAACCUGGACGCCCCGGUGAGCGCGGAGCUGCUGGACCUCAGGGUGCUCGUGGAUUCCCUGGCACCCCUGGACUUCCAGGCAUCAAGGGACACAGAGGCUUCAGCGGUCUAGAUGGAGCCAAGGGAGACUCUGGACCUGCUGGCCCUAAGGGAGAGCCUGGCGCUUCUGGUGAGAAUGGUAUCCCCGGUGCCAUGGGUGCUCGUGGUCUUCCCGGAGAGAGAGGCCGCCCUGGAGCUCCCGGCCCUGCUGGUGCUCGUGGUAAUGAUGGCAACACCGGUCCUGCUGGUCCUCCUGGACCUACUGGAUCUGCUGGCCCCUCUGGAUUCCCUGGCGGUGCUGGUGCUAAGGGAGAGACUGGUGCUCCAGGAGGCCGUGGAUCUGAGGGACCCCAGGGAGCACGUGGUGAGCCUGGUAACCCCGGACCUGCUGGACCCGCUGGACCUGCUGGUGCUCCUGGAUCUGAUGGUUCCGCUGGCUCUAAGGGUGCUCCUGGUGCUGCUGGUAUUGCUGGUGCUCCUGGCUUCCCCGGUAGUCGUGGUCCUGCUGGAGCUCAGGGAGCUGUUGGUUCUCCUGGCCCUAAGGGUAACAAUGGUGACCCUGGUCCCUCUGGUCCUAAGGGAGAGCCUGGUGCCAAGGGAGAGCCUGGACCCGCUGGAGUUCAGGGACUUGCUGGCCCCUCUGGUGAGGAGGGAAAGAGAGGAGCUCGUGGAGAGCCUGGUGGUGCUGGACCCCGUGGACCCCCUGGAGAGCGUGGUGCCCCUGGUGCUCGUGGUUUCCCUGGUGCUGAUGGAGGUGCUGGUGGCAAGGGUGCCCCAGGUGAGCGUGGUUCCCCUGGCCCAAUGGGAGCUCAGGGAGUCACUGGUGAGUCUGGAAGCCCUGGUGCUCCUGGUGCCCCUGGACUGAAGGGUAUGACUGGUAGCCCUGGAAGCCCUGGACCUGAUGGCAAAGCUGGACCUGCUGGUUCUCCUGGACAAGAUGGUCGCCCUGGACCUCCUGGCCCCGGUGGAUCCAGAGGACAGCCUGGAGUUAUGGGAUUCCCCGGACCCAAGGGAGCUUCUGGUGAUGGUGGUAAACCUGGUGAGAGAGGUGCAACUGGACCUGCUGGCGCUGUUGGUGCUCCAGGCAAAGAUGGUGAUGUUGGUGCUCCUGGACCUUCUGGCCCCGGUGGACCUGCUGGAGAGAAAGGAGAGCAGGGACCCGCUGGACCUCCUGGAUUCCAGGGACUUCCUGGACCCCAAGGUUCUACUGGUGAGACUGGCAAGCCUGGUGAGCAGGGUGCUCCUGGUGAGGCAGGACCUUCUGGCCCAUUUGGACCAAGAGGUGACAGAGGAUUUCCUGGUGAGCGUGGUGGAAUUGGCAUUGCUGGCCCAACUGGACCCCGUGGUGCUCCUGGACCCGCUGGUAACGAUGGACCUAAGGGAGAGCCUGGUGCUGCCGGUGCCCCCGGUGGUUUGGGAUCCCCCGGUAUGCAGGGAAUGCCUGGUGAACGUGGAGCCGCUGGUCUCCCCGGUGCCAGAGGAGAGAAUGGUGAGGCUGGUGGCAAGGGAGCUGAUGGUGCCCCUGGCAAAGAUGGCCCACGUGGUCUGACCGGUCCUAUUGGAGUCCCCGGACCUCCUGGUGCUCAGGGUGAGAAGGGUGAGCCUGGUGCUGUUGGAGUUGCUGGACCUAGUGGUCCUCGUGGUUCCCCUGGUGACCGUGGUGAGCACGGACCUCCUGGAGCUGCCGGAUUUGCUGGACCUCCUGGUGCUGAUGGUCAGCCUGGUGCUAAGGGCGAGAGUGGUGACAGUGGACCCAAGGGAGAUGCUGGUCCUCCUGGACCUACCGGACCUGCUGGAGCUGCUGGUCCUCAGGGACCUGCUGGAGCUCCUGGACCCAAAGGUGCUCGUGGUAGUGUUGGUUCCCCUGGUGCUACUGGUUUCCCUGGACCUGCUGGAAGAGUUGGACCCCCUGGCCCUGCUGGAGCUGCUGGAGCCCCUGGACCCGGAGGACCUACUGGCAAAGAUGGAGCAAGGGGAGCUCGUGGUGAGACUGGCCCUGCUGGCCGCCCUGGUGAGGCUGGUGCUGCUGGACCCCCAGGACCUAGUGGCGAGAAAGGAUCUGCUGGUUCUGAUGGAGCCCCUGGUACCCCUGGUAUCCCUGGACCCCAAGGUAUUGGUGGACCUCGUGGUAUUGUAGGUCUCCCUGGACAGCGGGGAGAGCGUGGUUUCAGUGGUCUGCCUGGACCAUCUGGUGAGCCUGGAAAGCAGGGACCAUCUGGACCUGUCGGUGAGCGCGGACCCCCUGGACCUGCUGGACCCCCUGGACUGUCUGGUCCAACUGGAGAGGCUGGCCGUGAGGGAUCUCCUGGUCAUGAUGGUGCACCUGGUCGUGAUGGUCCUUCCGGCCCUAAGGGAGACCGUGGUGAGACUGGCUUGGGUGGUCCCCCUGGACCUCCUGGUGCUCCUGGAGCUCCUGGAGGAGUUGGCCCCUCUGGCAAAACUGGUGACCGUGGAGAGAGUGGUCCCUCUGGUCCUGCUGGUCCCUCUGGCCCUGCUGGUGCUCGUGGUCCUUCUGGUCCAGCUGGUGCUAAGGGAGACAGAGGAGAGGCUGGUGAAGCUGGAGAGAGAGGCCACAAGGGACACAGAGGAUUCACUGGUGCAUCUGGUCUGCCCGGACCUUCUGGACCCCCUGGAGAGAGAGGCCCUGCUGGUGCUUCUGGACCCGCUGGACCUAGAGGACCUUCUGGAUCAAACGGUGCCUCUGGUAAGGAUGGUGUGAACGGUUUGCCUGGACCCAUUGGACCUCCUGGACCUCGUGGUCGCAAUGGAGAGAUGGGACCUGCUGGACCUCCUGGACCUCCCGGACCUGCUGGACCUCCUGGACCUCCCGGCAGUGGAAUUGAGUUCAUCAGCCAGCCUGUUCAGGAGAAGGCCCCUGAUCCCCUGCGUGGUGGCCACUACCGCGCUGAUGAUCCUAAUGUCAUGCGCGAUCGUGACAUGGAGGUUGACACCACCCUUAAGACCCUGACACAGAAGGUCGAGAAGAUCCGCAGCCCAGACGGUACCCAGAAGAGCCCAGCCCGCAUGUGCCGUGAUCUGAGGAUGUGCCACCCUGAGUGGAAGAGCGGCAUGUACUGGAUUGAUCCCAACCAGGGCUCUCCUCUGGAUGCCGUCAAGGUCCACUGCAACAUGGAGACUGGUGAGACUUGUGUCUACCCCAGCGAGUCCACCAUCCCCAUGAAGAACUGGUACCUCAGCAAGAACAUCAGAGAGAAGAAGCACGUCUGGUUCAGCGAGUCCAUGACCGGUGGAUUCCAGUUCCAGUAUGGCAGCGAUGGAGCUGAUCUCGAGGAUGUCAACAUCCAGAUGACUUUCAUGCGCCUGAUGUCUAACCAGGCCUCUCAGAACGUUACAUACCACUGCAAGAACAGCAUCGCCUACAUGGAUUCUGCCACCGGCAACCUGAAGAAGGCUCUGCUUCUCCAGGGAUCCAACGACGUCGAGAUCAGAGCGGAGGGCAACAGCCGCUUCACAUACAGUGUCAGCGAGGAUGGCUGCACGUCACACACUGGCACAUGGGGCAAGACAGUCAUUGACUACAAGACAUCAAAAACAUCCCGCCUGCCCAUCAUUGACAUUGCUCCUAUGGAUGUUGGUGCACCUGAUCAGGAAUUUGGCGUCCAAGUUGGCCCUGUUUGCUUCUUGUAAAAAUGAAAGAAAUAUGGACAUGACAUUGUUGUUUUUUUUU